AUGCAAUGUAUUUACAAGCAAGAGUAAUGAAAUAGGCAGAGGGCGAUUUUCCGCAGCGUGUUGGUCCGACCCCAAGGGCUAGCGCAGAGACGGCGCAGCGAAAAACUUUCAGCCAUGGAUAUUUCAAUGCACCUAAUUUUCUUUUGAUGCCGUUCUCUUUGCUGUGGACCGUAUCACUUUGUCGCAGUUCAUAUAAGUGAUUUAUAGGCUUGCCCCGAGAAAAUGUCACAUUUGCAGAUUCCAUUACUCAACAGCAUCUAUUUUUCCUAAACUUCAGUCCGGCUACAGAAGAGUGGGGGAACUUCUGUUGUUUUUUCGUCACGAAGCCUACAACACGAAGUGAGUUGGUGGCCAGAGGUGCUGCAGCUGGAGCCACCCUGCACUGCUGGAGCUUCCAGGAAUGACGGGGCCAACCCAUCGCAGCCGGCCCCCUCGCAGCACCUGACCUGACUCACCUGACCCAUCAUGGAGCUCAAGGUCUGGGUCGAUGGGGUCCAGAGGGUUGUUUGUGGGGUCACAGAGGCAACCACCUGCCAGGAAGUGGUCAUCGCUCUUGCUCAAGCCAUAGGCCGAACUGGGCGCUAUACACUGGUGGAGAAAUGGCGGGACACAGAGCGCCACCUGGCCCCACACGAGAGCCCAGUGGCAUCCCUCAACACCUGGGGCCAGUAUGCCGGUGACGUCCAGCUGAUCCUGCACCGCACGGGCCCCUCCCUGACCGAACGGCCACCCUCCGAGGGUCCCUUGCUCCGGGGUCCGGAACGCGGCCCACACCGGCAGAGCCUCCCCCCGCUCGCCAAGCUCCGCCAUCCCAGUGAGCACGCCCUCCAUCGCCGCGAGCCGCGCCGCAAGUCCCUCACCUUCACCGGCGGGCCCCGGGGCCUCCGGGACAUCCUGAGUGGAGGCCGGGUGGGGGAGGGGAGGGAGUUCGAGGCCAAACGACGUCUCCUAUUCCAGGGGAACGGUGGUAACCAGAACCACCACCACCAUGCCGCAGCGGCAGCCACAGCGGUAGCCCCAGGAGGAGCAGUGUCCCCCGGCAUGUGGGCCUGCCGCAUGGAGGACCUGGUCAGACUGGUGGGGCUCCAGAGAGAGACUCUGGCCGUGCUAGAGAAGAGGCUGGAGGCCUACGAGGCUGAACUGCAGACCUGGGGGGGACGAAGGGGAGAGGAGGCUAGAGGAGCAGGGGGGCUGAUGGAGGAGAUAGUGAGGCUGGAGAGACGACUGAGGAAGAACGAGGUGGAGAUGGAGGAGGAGGAGUUCUGGGCCAGCGAGCUGCAGAUUGAGCUGGAGAGUGAGAGACAGCUGGAGGACAGGCUUGAGGAGCUGAGAGGGCGUCUUCAGUGUGCUCAGGUCGAGCUGGGGGACAGGAUGGCUCUGGUACAGGGUGUAGAGGCUGGUCUGGAGGAGGAGCGUCUGCAGAGGGAGAGACAAGAGACACAAAGGGUGAGCGAGGUGGAGGCCAAGGCGCAGGUACUCAGAGCCCGCACGGAGCUCAAGGCCCAGGACAGACAGUCUGUCCAGCUGGAGAGCAGCUGCAGAGCCGUGGACAGGUCCCUCGGCCUGAGUGGCAAGAGACUGCAGGACAUGCAGCAUGAGCUGGAGCAGCUGACCAAGGAGCUGAGACAGGUCAACCUGCAGCAGUUUAUCCAGCAGACUGGCACCAAGGUCACCGUGCUGCCAGCCGAGCCCAGUGAGGAAGAGGAGGAGACUACCCACACCGGACAGGGCACAGACUUGGUUCCUCUGUCUGGUUCCCUGAAGCGUCCCGUCUCCUUUCACCCGAUGCCUGGACACCUUCGGGUCCUGCACAGUCCGCUGACAUCUGGCCUAAACCCAGAAGGGAUCUACGUGUAAGAGAAAAGAGGGCACACUUGGGGUGGCUUUGUUCCUCUGCUAGAUGGACACCUGAAAACACCCUAAAGGCAACCUGGUUCCACUAAGACCUGAUCCCAGACCUGUGUGUGCUUUAGCCAACUCCUCAACACCCAGUCACUCCUAGUGAAAUAAGUUGGCUAAAUACAGAUCUAGGACCAGUGCUAAAGGAUUCCCUGUGAUGUGACAUCCAAGUACAGGUUACCUCAGUAGCACUCUCCAGUCCAUUCUCUGUUCUGUUACCUACAUAUCAUGGAGAACAGGAACACUUAAAGAGAUCAUAUUGUUAUAGGCCGUUGUGUACAAGCACUCCAAGUCUCCGACAUGGGCCAACAUAUGACGAUGAUAGCUCCAAUAAUGAAGGAAAAACUAUUGGUAACAUAUCUGACUGCAGGGCGCUUGAAUGGACAGACAGAGAUAGUUGAAAUAGACAAUAUAGCAACAGACAUGAGCACCGUGUGUCAUAGCCCGAAUGGUUUUCUGUCUAUUUAAACCUUGGAACUAAAAGUGAUGCGUCAUUAUCAUCAUCAGCGUCAUCGUAGUUUUCAUCCCAUCGAAGGUGUAUGCAAUUACUUUAUUUUCAUUUUAAUAAAUAAAGAAGUUUUUAAACGUUAAUAUUUUAUCCAUUAUAUCAACAUACAGUAAAGAGGUUCGAUACUAUUUUUUAUGAAUGUUUGCAUUUUGGAAAAUAUCGCUCCAAACUGAAAAACUUGCUGUUGAAAUCUGUGAACUAUACACUACCAGUCCAAAGUUUGGACACACCUACUCAUUCAAGGGCUUUUCUUUAUUUUGACUAUUUUCUACAUUGUAGAAUAAUAGUGAAGCUAUGAAAUAACACACAUGGAAUCAUGUAGUA